GUUCAUAAAGUUGCACAUGAAAAUUCACAUGAACAUAUUUCUGUUGCUCCUACCAUUUCAGCUACCGGGUCGUAUAUUCCACGCUUAAUUAUUUAUAAAGGUGUUUGUGUAAUUCCUGGCUUGUUAGAAGGUGCAUCUCCAGGAACUCCCUCUGAAAUUCCUUUUGCUAAAUUAAAAAGUGAAUAUGCUAAGGAGAGUAACAAAUAUAAAAACCAUAGUGGCAAGGUGGUAACAAAACAUACUUUUGCAAAAGUUUUUGGCCCUGCUUUUCUCAAAACCUAUAAGCCUUUAGCCAUUUGCAAUGCCUACAAAAGCACAAGAAUAUGGCUCUUAAAUCCUGAGGCUAUUAGUUCAGACCGUUUGGACCCUUCUCUAGCAACAAAGCGAUUUGAUAUUGUACCUUCAAAUGACCAACCUUCUGCACAACAAAAUGAGUCGCUUCUGUUACCUUCAAAUAUUCAACCUUCUACGCAAUCAGAUAAAUCACCUUCGCAAUCGUCUACUAAUUUAAAUCACCAUCUUACUCGUUCAAAUACUUUCCUAUUGGAAAAAGAAAAAGAAAUUCUUUUAACUAAAAAUAAUUUUCUUAAAAAUGAAAAUGAACUAUUAAAAGUUCAGUUUGUAGCAAUGAAAGAAGAAUUAGAAACUUAUAAGAAUCCUGGCACAUGCUCUCUUCAUUCUGCUCUGAAGUACCUGGUUUCUCGAAUUUCGAAUGCUGAAACCCCUAAAGCUUCUUUAGAUCCACAUGAAUCUGAGUUACCUUUCCCUAAAAAAAGAAAAACUCUUCCGUUUGCACAACUUCUUACUUCCAAAGACAGUUGGCAACAACUAAAAAUGGCAAAUGAAGUAGCAAACAAAAAAGUCACUGAAGCUAAUCGAAAAAAGGAAGAGCAGGA